UACGGUUCUUUUGGAGGAUGGAUCUAUAAGAAUUCACCUAUCCCAAUAACAAAAAAACCUGACUUGAAUGAUCCUGUAUUAAGAGCUAAAUUGGCUAAGGGAAUGGGUCAUAAUUAUUAUGGAGAACCCGCAUGGCCUAACGAUCUUUUAUAUAUUUUUCCAAUAGUAAUUCUAGGUACUAUUGCCUGUAACGUAGGCUUAGCGGUUCUAGAACCAUCCAUGAUUGGGGAACUCGCGGAUCCUUUUGCAACUCCUUUGGAAAUACUACCUGAAUGGUAUUUUUUUCCCGUAUUUCAAAUACUUCGUACAGUGCCCAAUAAGUUAUUGGGCGUUCUUUUAAUGGUUUCGGUACCUACGGGAUUAUUAACAGUAUCCUUUUUGGAGAAUGUUAAUAAAUUCCAAAAUCCAUUUCGCCGUCCAGUAGCAACUAUCAUCUUUUUGAUUGGUACUGUAGUUGCCCUUUGGUUAGGUAUUGGAGCAACAUUACCUAUUGAGAAAUCCCUAACAUUAGGUCUUUUUUAAAAUUCGAAGAUUGGUUUCAUUUUUAAUUCAUUUUUAAAGAAAAUAU